AUGCUGAAUUUUCUGAUUUUUGAGAUAUCAAAGGGCCACACAGAUAGAAUUCUCCAAAAAGCAUACGAAGAAGGGACUCUACAAUACUUUGCCAGUGGAAGUUCUAAGCAAUAUAUCAAUGGAUCUCCCCAAAUGACAGAUCCUAUUUAUGCUCUUGACCAGAAACCAAAAUUAUACGAUUGGUGCUCAAACUGUGGCACAAAGUUAGUAGAAAAACCAUGGAUCGCGGUUGCAGUCAAAAAUAAAAUUAUAAAUAUUCGCGGUUACUAUCUUAAAGCGGGCUGUUGCUACACAGGUUGUUGCUAUGAGGAAGUUGGCUACUAUUGCAGGUGCUGUCUUUACACUUGGGCCUUACAAAUUUCUAAUGAUAAUAAGGAAUGGACAGACAUCCAUACUAUCGAGAAAGAAGGUACAAUGGAAUAUUGCGCCGAACGAACAUACGAAUUUAAGAAGAGUUACUCUGCGAAAUACGUCAGACUUAUCCAGAAAGAACCUUAUCCAGGAGAGCCAGCAUGUAUCGCUCUCAACCAAAUAGAACUCUUCGGUAGUGCGACUGUUGGCGGAUCUGACGACGCAGAUGACGAUUUCAUAUCUUAUCACGACGACGAUGAAGAUGUAAGCAUUAUCGGUCAUGUAUCCCCUAAUACACUUAGGAAGUAA